AUGUCAACUGCAACAACUAUUACCAAUCCAGCGGCUGCACCAAGUCCUCUCAUCGGACUGAACAGUAUAAGAUCUGUUGUGCAAGAGUAUCUCAACAAGAUGUUGGAUAGUAUACAAGGAAUGAAGGUCUUGGUAUUAGACAAGGAGACUACAGGUAUGGUCAGCAUGGUAUACUCACAAUCGGACAUCUUGCAGAAGGAGGUGUUCUUGUUUGAGAAGAUAGACAGUGGCAAUAAGGAACAAAUGCCACAUAUGAAGGCUGUAUACUUUGUAAGACCGACACAAGAUAACUUCAACUAUAUAUGCGAGGAGCUGAGUACACCAAAGUACUCUGACUAUCAUCUCUUCUUUACAAACUUUGUUGGAUCAACUGCAUUGGAGCAGAUGGCCAAGGCUGAUUCGAAGGAUCUGGUUAGGGAGAUACAGGAGUAUUACUCUGACUUUUAUCCUGUCAAUCCAGAUACAUUCACAUUGAAUAUCACUGGUGUAUUGUCAAAGAGAACGGUUGGAUGGCAAGCCAAUGGUAGUCGCAUCAUUGAUGGCAUAGUCUCUGCACUCCUCGCGCUGAAAAAGAAGCCAAUCAUACGAUACUCUGCAAACUCUGAGUUGACCAAGACAGUGGCUGAGGCUGUUGCUAGAUCAAUGCAGACUGAGAGAGAACUGUUUGAGAUGAGAAAGAGUGAACCGAUAUUAUUGAUAUUGGAUAGGAAGGAUGAUCCGGUGACGCCAUUGUUACAUCAAUGGACGUAUCAAUCAAUGAUACAUGAGUUGUUGGGCAUAAGGAAUAAUAGGGUCAACUUGAACCAGCCUGGCGUCAAGGAGGACCCGGCCAAAGAGGUGGUGCUCUCAAUCGAUCACGACACAUUCUUCAAGGACAACCUUUACAUGAACUAUGGUGAUCUUGGCGCCAGUAUCAAGGAUCUUGUCGAGACAUAUCAGAAGAAGAUGGACUCCAAUGCCAACAUCAAGACCAUCGAGGACAUGAAGAAGUUCAUUGAGAACUUCCCCAACUUCCAAAAGUUCUCCACCAACGUAUCCAAGCACGUCAAUAUGAUGGAGGAGAUAUCAAAGAAGAUCAGUGGACAUCAUUUGAUGGAGAUAUCCGAGGUGCAACAAGAGUUGGCAUGUGGCAACGAGCAUUCAGCAGCAUACCAACGCAUUUGUGAGAUCAUCGACGAUCAGAAAUACACUGACGAAGAUAAGUUGGUACUGGUGAUGUUGUACAGUAUCCGUUAUGAAGAUGGACGCGUACGCGACUUGCAGGACAGAUUGGUGCGAGCUGGCAUGCCACAACAACUGAUAGGACUGCUGCUUACAUUACGCGACCUCGCCAGCAAGAACCAGCGUGAGGGCGAUCUAUUUGGAACAAAGAACAUCCUCAAGUUUAUGAAUGGCGUCGUCAAGCGUGGACUCCAAGGCGUGUCCAACAUCUACACACAGCACGUCCCUCUACUCAAUGAGAUCCUUGAGCUCCUGAUAAGGAACAAACUCCAGGAGAAGUCCUAUCCCUACUUUAUUCCCCCAACAGCCCAGCAACUACGUGAGCGUGUCACUGACAUUAUCGUGUUUGUUGUUGGAGGCAUAACGUAUGAGGAGGCCUACAAUGUACAUAAGUUCAACGUUGCCAAUGCCAAUGCCAAGAUCCGUGUAGUGCUUGGUGGCACGACAAUAUUGAAUCGCGACCAGUUCCUCGAGGAUCUUGGCAGUUUGAGGAUGCAACAAACUGGCAUCGGUGGCAACAGCAAUAGCAGAAAGUAA